UGCAGGCCCCACCCUCCCAGGUGGCGGAGGUCACGUGGUGCGGCCCUGUAGCCGCUGAGUCUGAGGCGGCUCCGGUUCGCUUCCACCGGGAGGGGGAGGGAAAGCUUCCAGAAGCUCCGGGGUUUAUAGACCAGGCCUCCCUUUAAGAUCUGAGUCAGUAGCUGGAUUCAUCAGGAUCUGAACAUCAUCGGUCUUUGCACAUGGAAGGAGAAAAGCGUGAUCGACUGGUGGACACACCACACGUUUGUACCGUGUGUGGACUCACCGUUAUCCUUUCGCCUGACCUGGAGAGACACGUGCACUGUAACUGUGAGGAGGAGCCAGGUAACAGUCGGGGCAGCAAGAAAGAAUUCGGUUCACUGUCCGUAGAUGAUCAACGCCCUGCCACUGAGGAGAGUCAGUUUACCUGCUCUCCAUGUGGGGAGGAUUUUUCUUAUCCUUCCCAUGUGCGAGCGCAGCAGCGGGUUCACUGCAACAAGAAUCCGUGGAAAUGUUCCCACUGUGCCAAGGGCUUCAAGAACCCGCAGGAGUUUAAGCGACACCAGGGCCAACACACUGGGCAGAGGCCUUUCCCCUGCUCGGUAUGCGGGAAGGGAUUCACUCAGUUAUCUGACCAGCGGAGGCAUCGGAAAAGCCACUCCGUUCAACCACUCCUUGACUGCUCCUUCUGCGGGAAAAAGUUCACUCGAUCAUCUUCCCUCCUGAGACAUCAGCAGUUUCACACCAAUGCACGUCCGUUUCAGAGUUCAGACAAAUGCAACCAGGAGCUGAGGGGACAACAGCUGGAGGGAGUCAACGAGAGGCCGUUCACCUGCCCGGCGUGUGGUAAGAGGUUUGCCCGCUCUUCCAACCUGCUGACCCACCAGCGGGUCCACACGGGGGAGAGGCCAUUCACCUGCCCGGACUGUGGGAAGGAGUUUGCCCAGGCUUCCAACCUGGAAACGCACCAGCGCGUCCACACUGGGGAGAAGCCAUUCACCUGCUCUGUGUGCGGGAAAGGAUUUGCUCGAUCGUCCGCCCUACUGACCCACCAGCGGGUACACACCGGGGAGAGGCCGUUCACCUGCUCCGUAUGUGGGAAGGGGUUCACUCAGUCCUCCAACCUGCUGACCCACCAGCGCAUCCACACCGGCGAGAGGCCGUUCACCUGCUCCGUGUGCGGGAAGGGAUUCAUUCGCUCCUCCAAGCUGCUGACCCACCAGCAGGUCCACACCGAUGAGAGACCGUUCCCCUGUUCGACCUGCGGGAAGUGUUUUAAAAGCACCAACAGUCUGGUGAUACACCAACGCUAUCACACUGCCGUGCGACCGUUCGCCUGCUCUGUGUGCGGGAAGGGAUUCACAGACUCGUCCCACCUCCUGAGGCACCAGCGGGUCCACACAGAUGAGAGGCCGUUCACUUGCUCUGUGUGUGGGAAGGGAUUCAUUCGCUCCUCCCACUUGCUGAGACACCAACAGGUUCAUCCGACUUCCUAGCAUAUGACCCUGAUGGUAGCUGGGCUGAAGUGAAAAGUGUUUUAUGAAUUCCCAUGCUGUUCCUUUAGGUUUUCAGCCUGUUUGGCUGACAGUUCCCUUUAUCGAAUCUCUCAUGGUUUUACAUGAACUCUACACCACAAGCCAUUUGGCUCAGUUGGUCUGAGAACACAUUAUUUCACCACUUGAGCCUCGUCCCAUCCUCUCUUCACCUCACAUCCAUAACCAUAUCCUUCCAUUCCUUUCUCUAUCAUGUGUUUAUCCAGUUAUCCCCCUUCAGUAUGUUCCGACUAUUCUUUUAAUAUGACUGUACGAAACAGGAACAGAAUGAGGCCAUUUGGCCCCUUCAGCCAUUUGAAAGGUCACAGUUGAUCCAACAUUCCUCACAUCCACUUUCCAGUCCUUUCCCCAUAACUCUUGAUUUUUGAACUGGACAAGAAUCUAUCUAUCUUAGCCUUAAAUAUACAUAAUGACUCUGUUCCCACAGUGCUUUGGCAAGGAAUUCCAAAGACUCUUAAUCCUCUGAGAGGAAAAAAAUCUCCUCAACUCAGUCUUAAAUUGGUGCCCAUUUAUUCUGAGUCAAUGCCCUCUGGUCUUGGACUCAACCAUGAGGGGAAACAUCCUCUCAGCAUUUAUCCUUUUAAGCUCCUGAAGAAUGCUACAUGUUUCAAUGAGAUUGCCACUAAUUUUUCUAAGCUCAGUGAGUAGAAACCCAGCCUGUUUAACCUUUGCUCAUUAGACAACCCCUCCACACCAGAGAUCAUCCUAGUGAAUCUUCUCUGAACUGCCUCAAAUUAAAUGAUAUCUUUCCUUAAUUAAGGGGAAACCAAAACUGCUCACAGUACUCCAGAUGUGGUCUCACCAUUUUGUACAGUUGCAGUAAGGCCUCCCUUCUCUUAUACACCAACCACCAUUAUUGGAGAGGAUUUGAGUACAGCAGUAGUGAAGUAAUUCUUCAAUUGUAUAGGAACUGGUUUCAACUGGACCUGGAGUACUUUGUAUAGUUCUGGUCUCCUUAUCACAGGAAGGAUAUUAUUGUCAUAGAGGGAGUGCAAUGAAGGUUCACCAGACCUGUUCCUGGGAUGGUGAGAGACUAUCCUACUAAGACAGAUUGGGCAAAAUGUAUUCUCUAGAGUUCUGAAACAUGAGAGGUGAUCUCAUUGAAACUUUCAAAAUAUUUAAAGGGGUAGACAGGAUAGAUGCAGAUAAGAUGUUUCCCCAUUUGGUGAGUCAAACCCUAACAGGGCACAGUUUAUAUUCAUGCCUACAAAAUAGGCACAAGAGUAGGCUAUUUGGCUCAUUAGGUCCACUCUGCCAUUCAAUAUGAUUGUAGCUAAUUAUCCAAUCCGUACUACCCUGUUCUCACUUCCUUCCCAUAUCCUUUGAUCUCUGUAAACCGAAGAACUAUAGCUAACUCCUCUUUGAAAACAUUCAAUGUUUUGGCCUCAAUCAAUUUCUAUGGAAGAGAAUUCGACAGGGUCACCACUCUGGCUAAAUAAAUUUCUCCUCAACUCAGUCCUAAAUGUCCUGCCCCAUAUCCUUAGAGUAUGACCCCAGGUUCUGGACUCCCUGCUCAUUGGGAAUGACCUUCCUGUAUUUACCCUGUCUAGUCCUGUGAGAAUUUUAUUGGUUUCUAUGAGAUCAGAUCUCAUUCUUCUAAACUCCAGUGAAUAUAGUCCCAACCGAUCCAGUCUUUCUUCAUAUAUCAGUCCUGCCAUCCCAGGAAACAGUCUGGUAAAACUUUGUUGCACUCUCUUCAUAGCCAGAACCAUCCUUCCUCAGACAAGGAGACCAAAACUGCACACACAAUUCUCCAGGAGUGGUCUCACCCAGUACAGUUGCAGUGAGAUAUCCCUGUUCCUGUAUGCGAAUCCUCUCGCUAUAAAAGCCAAUGUUCCACUAGCCGUCUUCACUGCCUGCUGCAUCUGCUUGAUUACUUUCAGUGACUGGUGUACAAGGGACAUCCAGGUCUCCUGCUUCCCAAUCUCUCACCAUUCAGAUAAUAAUCUACCUUCCUGUUUUUGCUCUCAAAGUGGAUAAUCUCACGUUUGUUCGGAUUAUACUUCACAGUUCAUCGGCCCACCCAGCAUUGUGUUAUCCGCAGACUUGGAGGUUAAUUUAGGUUACGUUUAGUUAAUUGUAUCAUACAGCAGGGAAGAGAGUCUUCAGCCUAUCUGUGCCAUCAUAAAUACACUUCUACUUAUACUAGUCCCACUUUCCAACACUAGGUCCAUAAUCCUGACUGUUACGACACUUCAAAUGUUCAUCCAAGUUUUUUUCUUAAGAUGUUGUGAGAUUUCCCACCUCAACCACCCACCCAGGGAGUGUAUUCCAGAUUCCCACCACCCUCUGGGUGAAAACAGAUUUUCCUCAAAACCUUCUGCUUUUCACUUUAAAAGUGUGCCCCUUGUUCUUGACUUUUGGACUGAGGGAAACAGCUGCUUACUAUCCACCCUGUCUAUUCCCCUCGUAAUCUUAUACACCUCAAUCAGCUUCCCCUCCAACCUUCUCUGCUUUAAAGAAAACAGGAAGGAUGGUUCUGGCUAUGAAGAGAGUGCAACAAAGUUUUACCAGACUGAUUACAGGAUAGAAGGACUGAUGUAUGAACAAAGACUGGGAUGUUGAAUCUCCUCUGCACCCCAUCCAGCACAAUCAUAUCCUCCCUUUAGUGUGGAGACUAGAACUGCACACAAUACUCCAGCUGUGGCCUAAACAAAGUUCUGCACAGGUCCAACAUAACUUCCAUGCUUCUGUAAUCCAUCUGUUCACUGAUAAAGACAAGUGUCCUGUAUACCUUCUUCACUCCCCUAUUAACUUGUUCUGCCACUUUCAGGGAUCUGUGGACUCCCCAAGAUCCCUCUGAACUUCCCAGUGAUCUGCCAUUCAUUGAGUAUUCUCUUGUCUUGUUCUUCUUCCAUAGUGCAUGACCUCACGUUUAUCAGGGUUAAAUCUGACCAACUCAUCUAUACCCUCCAGUGAUCUAAGAUGACCCUCCUUACUGUCAACCACACAGCCAGUCUUUGUCAUCCAUAAACUUACUUAUAAUACCCCUAUUGUUCUCAUCUGCAUCAUUUAUGAAUAUUACAAACAAUAAGAGGCCCAGUCCUGAUCCAUCUACAACCUUCUAUCACCACCAGCUGUCUCCUCCUACUAAGCCAAUUUUGGAUCCAACUUGACAAGUUAUCCUGGAUCCCAUGAGCUAUUACUUUUACCAAGUUUCCAUGUGGGACCUUUUCAAAGGCCUUGCUGAAAUCCAUACAAACGAUCAACUGUCCUACCCUUGUCUACACAUUGGGUCAGCUCCUCAAAAAAUUCAAUCAAGUCUGUUAGUUCUCUCACCCAAAUCUUUAAGACCACAGGACACAGAAGCAGAAUUGGGCCAUAGACUUCUGUGGCAAUGAGUUCUACAGAUUCCCCAGCUUCUGGCUGAAGAGAUUCCUCCCCAUCUUAGCUCGAAAGGGUCAUCCCUUCACUCUGAUAGACUGUGCCCUUGGGUCUCAGUCUCUCCUAGUAGUGUAAACAUCUUUGCCACGUCCUCUCCACUCAGGCCUCUCGAUAAGCUAUAUUCAGAUAUAUUCUGAAUAGCUGGGGUCCAAUCCCCGUACUCUGCAGUAGCUACUUCCAGCCACUCAGAAAAAGAACCAUCGCUCCUGCUCUAUGCUUCCUAUCUGCCAACCAGUUCUCUCUGCAUGUCAGUACACUACCCCUAUGCCAUGCUCUUUAAUUUUACAUGCUUUCUCUUCAGUGGGACCCUACCUUAAAAAUAAAGGGAAUGCCACAGGGUACUGAGAUGAGGAGAAUUCUUUUCACUCAGGGUGUUGAGAACCUUUGGUAUUCUGUACCACAGAGAGCUGUGGAGGCUCAGACUCUGAAUAUGCUUCAGAUAGAGACUGACAGAUUUCUGAUGACUGGUGGCAUACAGGGUUAUGAGUAAAAAGCAUUGAAGUGUUCAAUCAGCCAUGAUCAUGUUGAAUAGCAGGGCAAACUAGAGAGGCUGAACGGCCUUCUCCUGUUCCUCUGUUCCCAUCCUGAAACGGUUUGCCAGAGCAGACACUGAGAGGAUGUUUCCCCUUGUCGGUGACAUCUAGAACAGGGGCUACAGUGUGAAACUGAGGGGUUUUGUCCAUUUAAUUGGAAAUGAGGAUAAAUUUUAUCACCUGGUGAGGGUGAUGAGUGUGGAAUUCCCUCUCCCAGAAAGCAGUGAAGGCUGGGCCACUGAAUAUAUUCAAGGCUGAGUUAGACAGGUUUUUGAUCGAAGCAGUUAGAGGUUAUGCGGGACAGGAAGAAAGUGGAGCUGAGACCACAACCAGAUCAGCACGAUCUUAUCGAUAAGCAGAGCUGGAUCAAGGAGGCAAAUGUUCUUCUCCUGCUCUUAUUUCUGAUGAUCUUUUAAUUUUUAUAAUCAUUAUAGAAGGAGUGCUGGAGGAUCUGCCUUUGAAAUAUGUGGUUUCCUGAUUUCGGGAGUACACUGAAGCUGUGCGUAUAAUGUGUAAUAAUAAGUGAGGCAAAAUUCAGAUUCAACCUACAAGUGGCUUGAGAAACGUUUGUUAUUUUAUUUGGUAACAGACUCGAAAGACCAGUCUUUAUUACCUUUUUCCCCUGGUAUCUUCUUGAGAAGGUAUUGGUCGUUGUUUCAGGUUCUGGUUCUGAAGAGGUUAAUGUUCGUGUUACAUUGAAUCUACCCAUUGCACUGAUGUGACACAUUGUGUGUGGGUGGAGGCAAGGUGUUUUAUUCCAAAUUUCAGAAGGAGCAGAUCUAUCUGUACCAACUGUGAGGGGUUUUGGUAAUUAUGUCUAACUUCAAGAUUGUUAUGGAAAAGGACAAAGAUGGGCCUGAAAUGAAAGCUGUUAAGUGUGGGGAGGCUGAUUUUAAUAAGAUCAGAGAUGAUUUGGCCAGAAUGGACAGUGGAAUGCAUUCAAGAAAGACGUAUGGAAAGUACAGGGCCAACAUGAUCCAAUGAAGAAAAGGAUAGGGCCAUCAAAUUCUGUUAAUCUUGGAUAUCAAGGUAUAGAAAGUUGGAGGCCUGAGCGAAGUGGGGAUGGUCAGCGGGCCGGAGGCUUGAGCAGAGCAGAGGAGGUGGUUGGACUGGGGACCAGUCAAGUGGUUUUUGAGCCCUGGUAGACCAUGUGUGGAAGCCCCCUGCACUGAUGUACUGAAAGACUGUAACACUUAUUAAUCUUAUUCUCAUUUUUCUAACUUAUACUAUGAACAACUGUAAGUAAUGUAACUUUUUUUUUCUUUUUUCCCUUUAUUUCUGUACUUUGUACUUUCGAUGUCGUCAUAUGGGGCGACAUUGUAAACUUUUCAUUGUACUCCUGCUCUUGAGUACACGUGACAAUAAAGGAUAUUCUAUAAUCUA